AUGCUCUGGCGCGUCGUGGCAUGGCUCGGCGUGGCGUGCCUUGUGGGCACGUCCGCGCAGAUCAGUGGAAAGAACCAAGUGUACUGCAAGAAGACGCCCAACCGAGGCGAUGGGGAAUCCUCUGGCAUCCUCACGGGCAGCAAGUGCGAGCUGGACCUCCUCCUCGUCGCGUCUGCCGCCGGACUCGGCAAAGACAUCAAGUUCUACUUUCAAGUGAACCGCACGGUGCCGUUUGUGCCUGUGCCAGUGUAUGACUCGAUAAGCGGACGGUCGACUCAACUUGCCGAGAUUGAAAGCGGCUCUGUCGGGCUGGUCCCGGUCAACUUCGACAUCACCAAGAUUGGCCGCAUUGAUUCGAUCACGUUUCAGAACAGCAGCCUCCUCGUCCGCAAGAACUUUUCAGAGUACGGCGUCGAGACGUUGCUCGAGCCGCAGAAGCCUGUCUCGGUCUCGAUCCCGGGCACGUACAAAGCCCUCGGAUGGUUCCGGGUGACCGACAGUGUCACCAACUCGACCAACGAGUACGUGGCGAUUCGCGACGGCGUCGAGAUGAAAGAAGUCAAAGCGGUCGAGUUUCGCAGCAUUGUAUACGACGAAAAGACAACGUACUGCUGGAGGACGACCAACUCGUCCAAGUUUGAUGGCAUGACGUACGAUGACCAAACGUUCGAUUCCUCGUGCCCCAUCACGAUCGCUGUCGCAAACCCUCGCGUCGCCAACAACCUCGUGCCGUUCAGCCUGGCAUGGACCAUGAAAAUCGUACCCAACUACGUUCAAAACGGUGGCAAAGGCGUGUACGCGCUCGGGUUGUCGGACGAAGCGGCAAACGCGGCAUCGAUUUUGCAUUCGACCGUGCAUCUGUGCCACGUUGACGACGACGCGGUGUGCCACAUCUUCAGCCCCAAACCGUAUGCUCUAUCGAGUCCCGACUUGACAGGCGCGUUCGACGCCGGCUGCGCCGACUUUACUGCACCAGGGCUAGAACUUACGAAAGGGCAGUACGUCGGAUUCGUCCACGGCGUCGUGGCCAAGGCGGACAGGUCGUUUCUCCACGUCGCCACGUACUUUGGCAUUAAAGUCGACGAGAAGCACGCCAAGGCCCCGGACGCGGUUGCCCAAGUCGUCAACAAAACGUAUUGCUGGAAAGUAUUCGCCCCUGCAUCCGCUCGCAACGUGAGCACGUUGUCGGCCCUUGGCGGCUACUCGGUGGACGAUUCGUGCCCCAUGGCCCUGAAACUCAACCUCUCGACGCAGACCACGACCAACACGUCCCUGGUUGUCCUUCCCCAGGUGACGCUCUCCCCUGUGAAGCCCAGCGUCGUCACGCUGGCCAUGCUGCCUGAGGGGUAUGCGAUUUCGCUAGCAACGCUGACCGUGUGCCGCAGCAACGAGACAUGCGGUCCAUUCGCACCGCCCCUUCCAGCCUCUGCGCCGUUGGACUACCCGGUGGUGGACGUGAAGGCGGUGUCCCCGACGGCAUUUGACCCCGCUACGCUCGUGUUUCGUGAAGCUGGAUCGUACAACGUUUUCUUUAUCGCGACCGUCGACGUCGGCAAAGGCGUGCGCCUCGACGUGAGUGUGAUGUCAACGAUUCAAGUCCAAGAUGCAGUCGCACCAGUCAACAACACGACGUUGUAUAUUGCGAUUGUGGGGGGUGUCGUCGGAUUCCUCGUCCUUGCCGUCAUCAUUUGGUGCUGCGUCCGUCGCCGACGCAAGGCGCGAUGGGACCGCCAUCGCCUCCAACGAGGGGCCAUGUCAUUCAAAGAGAACCAAACGUCGACGAGAGUGCACUCGUCGAUCCCGAUGGUCAACCAGCGAGGCGGUAUCACGGAAGUGCCCCGCCUGUAUGACGAGGCCGACGCGGGCGCAAAUCCAAAGCUGGACUUGGCCGUGUCGCAUUACAUGUACAACCAGGACGCCCGGCGAGUCGAUGAAUAUCCUCGCCGUGUCACGUCGCAAUACGACCCGCGCUCGAGUCUCGAGUACGACACCCCACCACCACGCGAUGAGGGAGUGCACUUGGGCUACGACGACUACCAGCCGCACCAUCGCGACCCCCGCCAACCGAACCACCACGAUUACCAAGACAAGAGGCGUCGGCAUGGAGGGGAGGCCCCUCCCCGCCGGGCAAACUCGGCUCGCCAGCCCGACGAUUUCCGCGACCGCCAACUCGUCCUGCGAGACGAGUACCAACCAGACUUGCCGGACCCGACCCACCGGAAAUUGGCUCUCAAGGCCCAUGCCCACAACGAUGUUGGAGAUGACGACUACCUCUACGACACCAACAUGUCCCCGAGCUCUAUCCGCAAUAACUACGGCGGGUACGACAUGUCUUUUGGUGCAAGCAGUACCGACGACCGAGCGCAUUUUCGUUAA